AUGUCGAAGUCUGAAACUGCUAGGGAACAUGUAAGCACGGGAUCAAGGAGACUGCAGUGGGAACGGCUACCGUACUUCCUAACCACGGCCUCCGUCGCCACCACCGCCGCCGUCGCCGACGUCGCCGCCGCCGUCGCCGACGUCGCCGCCGCCGCCGCCAUCACCACCGCCACCACCACUAUAAUUACGAUUGUUUCCUUACCAGCAGCAAGUGGGAGUAAGAGCCCCUCAGACUCUCGCUCACAGCAGCAGCUGGUGGGAGUGAGAGCCUCUCAGACUCUCCCUCAACAGCAGCAGGUGGGACAGCAGGUGGGAGUAGAGCCCUCAGACUCUCCCUCACAACAGCAGCAGGUGGGAGGAGAGCCUCAGACUUCAAUCACAACAACAGCAGGUGGGAGUGAGACCCUCAGACUCUCCCUCACAACAGCAGCAGCAGCAGCAGCAGGUGGGAGUAAGAGCCCCUCAGACUCUCCUCACAACAGUAGCAGCAGCAGGUGGGAGCAAGAGCCCCUCAGACUCUCCCUCACAACAACAGUAGCAGCAGCAGGUGGAGUGAGAGCCCUCAGACUCUCCCCAACAGCAGCAGGUGGGAGUAAGAGCCCCUCAGACUCUCACAACAGUAGCAGCAGCAGGUGGAGUAAGAGCCCUCAGACUCUCCUCACAACAGUAGCAGCAGCAGGGAGGAGAGCCCUCAGAUCCCCCCUCACAGCAGCAGAGGUAGGAGUGAGAGGCCCCUCAGACUCUCCCCUCACAACAGUAGCAGCAGCAGGUGGGAGUAAGAGCCCUCAGACUCUCCUCACAACAGUAGCAGCAGCAGGUAGGAGUGAGAGCCCUCAGACUCUCCCCUCAACAGCAGCAGGUGGGAGUAAGAGCCCUCAGACUCUCUCCCCCAACAACAGCAGCAGGUGGGAGAAGAGCCCUCAGACUCUCCCUCACAACAGUAGCAGCAGCAGGUGGGAGUAA